AUGCUUUCUUCGGGUUGCGAGAUCUUCAAAAAAUUGAAGAUCCGAUGUCCCAUGGAUGGGAAUUGUAAAUUGGCGGAUUGUGUCUUUUUACACUCGACGAAAAAACCAGAUCAAGUGCAACAACCCCCAUCAAGGGUCCAAGCCAAUAAUGUUGGCAGUGGUGGAAAUUGUUCUGUGAUUAAAUCAGAUACAGUUUUGAGAAAAUCUGCUGACAUUCAGGAAACUCCAAUAAAGCAUUUGGGGACCACACUGAAUGUACCAAUCAAUGCAAAAGUGAAGCCAGGAAAACUGGAUCAAUUAUUAAUAGAGGAGAAACUUAGAAAACCAGAGAUGGUAUUUAAAAAACAGGAAACUAUUGGAGAAGUGAAUAACAAUACUAAUAUAAUAGCUCAAGAUCAUAAGAAACCUGAAGUGACUGAAGAAGUUAAAGAAAAGCAUGAUAGAGAUAUUACAACUCAUAAUGAGGUCAAGGAAGAAAUCAAGAAAGCGCCACAUGAUAAUAGCAAGGAGAAUCAAGAUCAAGCAAAGAAGCAAAUUGAAACCAGGAAAUCAAUAAAUCACGAUAUGGAAAAGAAAGAGAACAAUGAUCUUCAAGACAAUGCUCUUAUUAACCAAAGUGAAGGUAAAGAAGGGCUGCAGAAAAAUGCACAACAGAAAAUUCUAGCUAGUGAACCAAAAGCCAAUGCUGAUACGUCGAUUGGAAUGAAAGAGUCUUCUGAGAACAACACCAGGAAAAGAAAUUCAGAUUCUGCAGCGGCUGGUGAUUCGAAGAAAGCUAAAUUGGGAAAAAAUAUAUCAAAUAACAGACAAUCAGAUGUAAUGAAAGCAGCACCCAUUAGUAUCAAUAACACCUCCAAACUGAAAACUUCUACUCCAAUGAAGACGACAACAAGUAACUCAACUCCAAAACCAAAAGAUAACUCAUCAAAGAAAAUGCCUCAUAAAGUGGUGUUGAAAGAUGUCUCUCAAGUGUUUGCAAAACCUAUCAUGCCUUAUCCGCCUUCAACUCACCAACAACGUCUUAAAUUCAUCACCCUCCUUGCAGGAGAACUCAAGAAAACUCAAAGUUGUCUGAUACCUAACAAGGUAGCAAUUGAAUUGGAAUAUCAAGUGGCCAGUAAAUCUUCAAAACAGAUAUAUGUUGGAGAGUUCAAGAGUUUGGUGAUGAAAGUCAAGAAGAAAGAUGAGCAGAUGAGAAAGACGAUUGAAAAUAUUGUGAGGGCUGCCAAAGGAAUCAAACCAAAGAAAAUUACAGAGUCUAAGAGUGAGAAGAGUGUUACUAAAGAGGACAAAGGCGAUAUAUUACGGAAAGUGGAAAAGUUUAUCCAUUCUGUGGAGACUUUAGAGAAUAAUGGGUAUGUUGUGAAGGAGCCAGAGAUUACUGUAAACUCUGAAAAUUUUGCCGAGGAGAAACCAAAAGCUUUCCAGAAAGAAAACACCAAGAAUUGUGAAAGAUGCAAUGCGACAUUUACCCCAUCUCGAUCAUUCAAAGGCAGUUGCAAAUUUCAUCCCGGGAAAAAAGUUUACAGCCGGGACUCGAAAUUCAAAUUAUAUUACCAAUGGGAUUGUUGCCAGUUGACAUUCACGAAUUCUGCCCAUGAUGAUUUUGGGAACGAUGAACGAGUGUUAGGGUGUCAGACCAACGAGCACCAUGUGUUUAAGGACAGUGAUCCGGGGGAAUUGGCGAAAGUUCGACAGUUUGUGCGAACCAGCCAGUUGGGGGACGAUCGAAGCACUGCGGCGGCAAUUGUGGGGAUGGAUGCGGAGAUGGUGUACACCACUUUAGGGUUUGAACUCGCGAGAUUGACGGUGGUCGAUUUCUUCCAGUCCCACAAGGUGUUGUACGAUAAGUUAGUCCGGCCACAGGGGAAUAUUAUUGAUUAUAAUACUAGGUUCAGUGGGAUUAGUUGCAUCAAUGCAGAUAAUUCCGUCAGUUGGCAUACGAUGAUGGAAGAGUUAGGGCAAAUCAUCAAUGACACGACGAUCAUUGUGGGGCAUGGGUUAGAGAAUGAUUUGAACGUGAUGCGGUUGAUACAUUAUCGAAUUGUUGACACGGCCAUCAUAUACAAAGACGGGAUGAGGAAAUUGUCGUUGAAGUAUUUGGUACAGCAGUGUCUCAAUAGGGAAAUCCAGGUGGGGGAGCAUGAUUCUACGGAGGAUUCGGUAGGGGCGAUUGAUUUGGUGAGGUUUAGAAUUAGAUGA